CUCUCUCUCUCUCUCUCUCUUUUUAUCAUGUUUCAACGUCUUGUCAAUUUUUGGGUACAAACUUUUGUCACUGAACGUCUUUUAGCCAGUCCUACUUUCCAUCGUAUUGCUGCUAAAACCCACCAACAUGUCUCUUCUUUGACUGAAAAAGGUUCCAAACAUGCCAAUGAAUUUUCAAAAGCCUUCAAGGAAAACUUGGAAAAGGAAUCCAAAAACUAUCGCAAGUAGUGGGUGUUCCCAAGCAAAAAAUAGAUCUUUUUUUUUCUCCAUUCAUGGUCCUUCAUUCUUUUAUCAUUUGAUUAACUGAUUUUACCCUUGUUGUCUACCUCCCUUACCCUUUUUCCCCUUCUUCACUUUGUAUACACAUUUUCUUCAUACACAUAACAUUAAAUUAUAUACACAUACAUAUAUGUUGACAUUCUUUUUUUUUUCAACCACCCUUCUCUAUUCUUACUUUUGUAUCAUUCUCUCUAUUAUUACAUAAUAAAUAAAUCAAGCUCAUUACACUGUGGGCAUAUUACAAACAA